ACGACACCUGUAACAAAUCACUGGUACUCCAGAAAUAAAUAAUAGAAGGAAACUGUUAAAGAGCAACACGAGACACUUUUUUGUCUAAACAACAAAGAUGUCACCAAUUACACGAAUUUUAAUACUCAUACUCGCCAUAGCCGGCGGUAUGCUGUAUAAAAAAGUAAAUGAUCUAAUGGGCGAUGCCAAAGCACCCACUUUACCACUCAAUCAAUGGUGGGGUGAUGAAGCUGAACCCAAAGAUUGGCAGGCCUAUUUAGCCAAUUCAUCCGAGGUUAUUGGCAAUAAAUUGCUUUAUGCUGAUCAGACCAUUGAUGAUUUAAAAACUCAACUAAAUCGCACAUUACAUUUGACGGGACCCUUAGAAGGGUCUACAUUUGAAUAUGGCUUUAAUACGAGACAAUUACAAGAAAUUAUUGAAUAUUGGCGAGAUGAUUAUUUGCCUCGUUGGCGUGAACGUGAAGUGUUUCUUUGGCAAUUUAAUCAUUUUACCACUGAUAUACAAGGAUUACGUAUGCAUUUUCUACAUUUAAUGGUCUAUGAUGAAUACACCGUAGAUAGACAUCAUUAUCCAGUGCUAUUGUUACAUGGUUGGCCAGGUUCAGUGCGGGAAUUUUACAGUUUCAUUCAUAAAUUGCAUCAAACGAGAAAAGACAAAAACAACAAGUACAUUUUCAAUGUCAUUGUGCCCAGUUUGCCCGGUUAUGGAUGGUCUCAGGGCACCUCUAAACAAGGCCUGGGUCCGGCUCAAAUUGCAGUUAUGAUGAGAAAUUUAAUGAUGCGUCUUGGCUACAAUAAGUUCUUCAUACAGGGUGGUGACUGGGGUUCAGUGAUUGGAUCACACAUCGCAACAUUAUUCCCGGAAAAUGUUCUUGGCUAUCAUUCCAAUUUGUGUACAGCAUUGACACCCAAAGCAAUGCUUAAAGGCGCCGUUGCCAGUGUAUUACCCAGUUUCUUUGCCCCCAAAGGUUUCGAAGACUUCUUUUUCCCCAUGUCAGAAAAAUUCAAAUUUCUUAUUGAAGAAACUGGUUACAUGCAUUUACAGUCGACCAAACCCGAUACGAUUGGCACAGCACUUCAAGAUAAUCCUGUGGGAUUGGCCGCCUACAUACUUGAGAAAUUCUCGACCUGGACCAAUCCUUCGUAUCGCCAUUCGUCUGAUGGUGGUCUUAAAAAACGCUUCAAGCUGGACGCACUUUUGGAUAACAUUAUGAUUUAUCAUUUGACUAAUUCCAUUACUACUUCACAGCGUAUUUACAAGGAACAUUAUACGCCGGAACAGAGGGCUUUACAAUUGGAACGUGUACCCACUAAAGUACUGACGGGUUGUGCUCGUUUCAAAAAUGAUUUAAUGCACUUUUUGGAUUUCCAACUGAAGGAUAAAUAUCCAAAUUUAAUUCAUAGUACUUACCACAACGAGGGUGGUCAUUUUGCCGCGAUGGAAUUGCCAACGACUUUGUACGAGGACUUCAUUAGUUUUGUACAAAAGGUUGAAAAAAUUAAGAAGAUUUCAAAUUACAAAAGAGAGUUGUAAUCAAAUAUGUAGAUUAGACUAAUAGAAACUUUUUUAAAUUCGUUUUAUAUUUUGUUAAUAAAUAAUUUUAAUAAAAAUGGUAAACUAAA